UCGGGCCGAAAUUGAACUCAAGGAGAUGGAAGAAAAUAAAAUCUCUUGAAGAUAAAACCCAACAAAUCAAAAAAAAUCAGUAUCUUUCAUUUCAACCUAUCUUAUUCCAUGGAAGUGGUGAUCACAUUUUCUGGCAGGGAUUGGAAAAAGUCCUCAAGACAAAACCUGGAAUUGGAAUUACAUUUGUGCAAGAAGCCAUUUGCCCUAAUGAUGGGAUCAAAUAAAGUUUCAACAUCAAGAUUGCCGAAGAACUUGGAAAGUGAAGCACCGAGCGAUUACAUCGCCACGUAAAAUUUCCUCGCACAAGCUCCAUUGGCAAGAAGAGAAAGCUUUCCCUUGGAGGCACAGAGAAGGGGACCCGAGCGAUUGGAGGAAAGAAAGAAGGAAGCAAGCAAAUGUUACCCCCAGAUAGCGGUGUUCCAAGCUGAAAUCCCAAUGGAUUCAUCGUGCUCAAAAAAGAUUUGGAGUCUAGUUUUAAAAUAGAUGGCCAAUCAUGUUCUCUGACAUCUUAUUAUUCGCCCUGAAUGUCCUGCUGACCUUGGUAUUGGUCUUCAUCAUCAUUUAUUUCUUCAUCACACUCUCCGAUUUGGAAUGCGAUUACUUGAACGCUCAAGAAUGCACUGGCAAACUCAAUUUUUGGAAUGUUCCCAAGUUAUGGUUGCAAUUGGGAAUGCUGUUCCUGCUUUUACUUUUUGGCCACUGGAUCCUGUUCUUGUUCAAUCUGCCCAUAUGUAUCUACUUGGCUAAAAGGUUUUUUAAGGUCCCGAGAGGAAAUAUGGGUGAAUAUGAUCCAGCAGAAAUCCACGACACUUCCAAGCUCAAAACACAUUUAUGGGGCGUUGGGAUUCAUUUUGUUUGGCAAAUGGUUUCAUUUUUCGUCUUUCUCUACUGCUUAUUAGAUGCUGUGAUGAAUGAGCCCGUGGACAUGGAGACGGACGACGUCACGGUAUUGAAUAAACCCGCAGCCAAGGAGCUCUAUGAACCUAAACACUACGAUAUGUCCAAUGAUCUGUGAAGGUUGGGGGGUACUAAUAAAUCUUAGAUUCAAUUCUUUCUCACCAAUAACCUUGGUUUUAUUUCUGUAUGUAUGCUGCGGGUUGAUGAGGCAAUAAUAGCUGAUGGAUGAUGAAGAAAGUGAAAAGAGUAAUAUUAAUAA